GAAUUGGACUGCGGUUCAUUGGAAGACAAAGGAUUGCACUUUUUCAUCUGCAACGGAGGAAAAACAAGAACUGCAGCUCCCCUCGCUAUCUCGCUUCUCUAAUUCUUCCGAUUUCUUUACCCUUCAAAACUUUUCUGAAAUCUGUACCAUCAUACGUGCUUCAAAUUUUGCUCUCGAACAGGAUUUAGGGUUAGGGUUGAGUUGUUCGUCCCUCGUGUAGCUCUAAACAUGUAUGCUGAUCGAUUGGAGACCGAGACCCAUAGGUCGAUAAAGGACCGCCUUAAUGGAAGCUCUUCCGACCUUUCUACUCGCCGGCGCCCGAUUACUGGGAAGAGGCAGAGAGAAGAUGACAAGUGGGAGCAUGAUCUCUAUGUGAAUGAUAAGCCGCAAACUUCAAACCGCAAAGUCGAUGCUCGAGAUCUCCGCUUGAAGCUCCAAAAGAAAAGUCAGCAACAAAGUGGAACUGCAUCAUUUUCAGGAGUGCGGGACCUACGUGAAAAGUUAUCUGGCACAAUGAAGCCACAAGCUGCAAAUAAUGAUCCAUCGAAACUAAAAUUGGAAGUUACAAAAACAUCCCGAAAAAGGGAUACUGUCGAAACUCAUCCUUCAACCACUCAAAAAGUUGUAGGCAACCCUGCUACUAGGAAAAAGGCUACUCAAAAGAGUGAUACAUCAGUGAAUGACUUCCUACAGUCCUUGGGCCUUGAAAAAUAUUCCAUUACGUUUCAAGCAGAGGAAGUUGAUAUGACGGCGCUUGUACACAUGGGAGAUGAAGAUCUCAAGGCUUUAGGAGUCCCAAUGGGGCCAAGAAAGAAGAUCCUUUUGGCAUUGGAAUCAAGGGUCUGAAUGAUGGAAAGCGGGUAGAGGAAGUUCCUGUUCGCAGAUGUUUUAUUUUAUACCAGCAAUUAGACUACUGUGAACAAGUAAGCCCGUCAUUCUUCCGCCACCCGUUCUUGCUUCCUUUUCCCCUUUUUAUUCCAUUUUUGCACUGCUCAGGUUACUGUAAGGAUCGAUGUUCAUCGUUAAGGACCUCAAACUGUUUACCUAUGGAUGAAAAUAUGGGAUUUAGUACAUGUGGGUAUGCCUUGGCUGAC